AUGGUACGUUGCUUAUCAAUGGACCUAUUCCCUAAUGAACACAAUUUUGAUCUAGACAAGUCUAGACAAACAUUUCACCACAGGUUGAAAGAGCAUCACAAAAUUAGUAAUAUUCCGAAGUUUCGUUGCGAAAUGUUGUAAAAUGCGGAUAAUAAUAACACUGCGAAGUUUGCCGUUUUUCAGUCAUUUUGUAUUACGCACGGGAAAUUGAUACCUUUUUCCAGAAAGCGGUAUCAAUUUCCCGUGCGUAAUACAAAAUGACUGAAAAACGGCAAACUUCGCAGUGCUAUAUUAUAUCCGCAUUUUACAACAUUUCGCGGCCAAACUUUGCAAUUUUACUAAUUUAACAUACAUGCUCUUUCUAGCUGUGGUGAUGGAUUUGUUCUUCUUGCCUAGAUCAAAAUUUAGUCUAUAGCUGGAAUCAUCCAUUUUCAUCCAAAUUUAAUCAACUUGUCCUUGGGCAAUGUCCAUUCAUGUUCUUCGUAUUUCUCAGGAUAUAACAGUGAACCAGGAAUUCCUCGCUUUAUUGAAAGAAAUCCAGGAUGGUCGACCUGGUAUCAAUAUUUCACACGGUGGUUCUGGUGGUGCUAACGAGAAGCCUAAAGAACGUCCAGCUCCGAUGAAGAUCUUGAAAAACUACAUCGAGAACAAUCAAAUGAGACUGUAUGAUUUCUUCUCCAUGAUGGACAAGGAUAAAAAUGUUUGUUAUCGCUGUAUUAUGCUUUAGUUUAUCCUUAUUUACAUUACUGCAAUCUAGUAUGGGGGUCAUCGUAUGUAACAAAUUUGCAUAGGCUGAUCCUCAUACAAAAGAGAGUUGUGCGAUCUAUUGCUAAAGCAGAAUAUCUUGCUCCAUCUGAACCAAUAUUUAAGGAACUUAAAAUUCUAAAAGUUAUGGAAAUUAAUUCAUUACAAAAAGGUACAUUCAUGUUCUCGUACUGUAAUAAUUUGUUGCCACGCAGUUAUGAUAACCUCUUUGUCUCGGGCUCACAAAUUCAUCAUUAUAAUACUAGAACUGCUCAAAAUCCGCGUCCGCAUCGAUGUCGUACAACUCUAAAAUCACAAACAAUAACUUACCAGGGUCCUGUUUACUGGAAUUUCUUAAAUGAUAACAUAAAAAUGUUACCAAACCUUUUGCAGUUCAAAUUCAAACUGAAAGAAUCUUUACUGCAAGACUAUUUAUACUAAUGUAUUUACUAUGCUUACUUAUGUAUAUCUCAUGAAUACCUUCACAAUAUCCCGUAAUUUAAAUAUUGACUUAUAAGUUAUAAUCAUUUUUUAAGUUUUUUUCUCUAUAAUGUCCUCUUGUCAUAUAUUGAACAUAAUGAUAUAUUAUAUCGAGGAGUCUAAUAUUUAUAAGCCGUUGGCUUCUGUUUUAGACUUCCUCGUCACAUACAUAUUAUAGGAUCUACUAAUAACCUCUCAUAUUCAAAAUAGUUUGGAGAACCCUAUAUUAUGAUGUAAAUAUUUAAUCUUGUAAAAAAUGUGUGACAAAUUCAAUUCAAUUCAAUUCAAUAUUCAAUUCAAUUCAAUAUUGAGUUUUACCAUACAGGAGUUUGUCAAUGGAUUACAGGUUCGUUUAUGAGAAAGAAAUUUGGCGAAUAAGGGCAUACCGAUUACCGAAUGGUUUUCCGUGCAGGAUUGCAUGAUCCAUGCACGAGGGAUGUCGCGAGACUUUCGGAAAGCGUAAAAAUACUCGAGCCGCAGGCGAGUGUAUUUUUUACGCUUUCCGAAAGUCGAGAAACAUCCCAAGUGCAUGGAUCACGCUAUCCUGCUUGGAAAACCAUUUGUUCUAUAAAAUAACUACAGUGAAACAAUGACAUUUUGAGAAUCCCGCGAAGGCAUUUUAAUUCCUCGUGCAGGAUAGCCUGAUCCUGCACGGCUUUUGACUAAUCAAAUUGCGUGUUUCACUGUAGUUAUUAUACAAAUUUUUUUGCUACAUGGGUGUGAAAUGUUGGGAUCCUAGGUAAUAUAUUACUGUUAUGUUUCAAAAAGUUUUUUCCGCUUUUUUGUCUGGAACAACAUCGGUUGAAUCGGUUUUCGAAAAACAUCGUUUUUUCCGGUAUAUCGAUCAACCGCCUCACCCUAAGUCCAAUGGAGUCAAACUGAGAUGCCUUUUCUCACAUGCCACCGAGGUGGAAUUAUAAUCUGAUAACUGCACAGUGCAAUCACAAAAGUGGACGACACGUGCAUUAAAGGUUUAUACUGAUCUUUUUAGGAAACUGGGAUACAUAUGAAUGACUCUGAACUACUUGCGUUGGUUGAAUCACUGGACAAAGAUAACGAUGGUGAAAUUAAUUACAG